AUGGGCAAACUCACAUCGACCAUCGGCAUACCCAUCAAACUACUCAACGAGGCACAAGGCCAUGUAGUUACGUUGGAAUUGACGUCCGGUCAAGUAUACCGCGGGAAACUCUUAGAAGCCGAAGACAACAUGAACGUCCAACUGAAAGACAUCACUGCCACCGCACGAGACGGACGAGUGUCGCACCUUGAUCAAGUCUACAUCCGAGGCAGCCACGUGCGGUUUUUCAUUGUCCCAGAUAUGCUUCGAAAUGCACCCAUGUUCAGGUCACGGGGAAUCAGAGGUCGUGGUGUCGGUUUGGCGCGAGGAAGAGCCACAGUGAAUCGUGCCCGCGCCGGAAGGAGGAAUUAA